UGUCAGAGUUGUUGUAAUCAGGAAAUCGUUUUUCCGUCCCAGACUGGAAAGUGUGUGGAAAAUGCUUAGCUUUUAAAUUUCUUUUUAAUUUUAUUCAUCCUUCAUAAACAUCCGUGCUUAAUUUUCAGUGGUAAAUGCGGCGUUCCUAUCAAUUACGACUUUCUCAAUGUUAUUUUUAUGACUUUCCUGCACUCAAAGGAAGUACUGUUUGGAUAGGUUAAAAAAAUCAUAAAAUAGUGCCAGUGGAUUGAUAAGAAUAUUAGGAUUGUCGUUUAUUAACUGGUCGCAUGAGUCUGCAUAAUGAAUUUAAAAGAUGUCUCCCCAAACCUAAAUAAUGAUCGAGAGUUUGUCUAAAAGGGCAUUUGGUGGUUCUAGUGGCACAUAUAAUGUUCAGGCUUUAGAGCUGGCCGCUGCACGAGAAAGGAAACUUAAAAAGCUCAGUGUUACUGUAAAAUUUCUUGACAAUACUGAGCAAAUAUUUCAUGUAGAGAAAAGGGCCAAAGGUUCAGUGCUCCUUGACCAAGUUUAUGACCAUCUGGAGCUGGUGGAAAAGGACUAUUUUGGCCUGCAGUUCUCUGAGAAUGGGUUCUACAAUAGGAACCCAGAAUCUAUACUAUGGAUUGAUCCGUCCAAAUCGAUUAAAAAACAAAUAGGAAACUGCCAAACCCCAUUGUUCUUUAGAGUUAAGUUUUAUGUAUCAGAUCCCAGUAAGUUACAUGAAGAGUACACAAGAUAUCAGUUCUAUUUGCAACUGAGAAACGAUAUAUUAUCAGAAAAAUUAGUUCUACCUCCUUCCACUGCCAUUUUACUAGCUAGUUAUAUAGUUCAAUCCGAAUUAGGUGAUUACAAUCAGGACGAACAUGGAGCAGAUUACUUGACCAAUCUGUGCCUGAUACCCCAUCAGACUGAGGAAAUGGAGAAAAAGAUUUCUGAGCUUCAUAAAUUGCACAAGGGGCAAUUGCCAGCAGAUGCCGAAUUUAAUUUUUUGGAUCAUGCAAAGAGGUUGGAUAUGUAUGGGGUGGAGUUACAUCAAGCAAAGGACAAUACAAAUAGAAUUAUCCAGCUUGGAGUAACACACAUUGGCCUAGUAGUGUUUCACAACGAUAUUAGAAUCAAUACCUUUUCUUGGGCUAAAAUAAUGAAAAUAUCUUUUAAGAGAAAACAGUUUUUUAUACAAUUAAGGAGAGAGCCAUCUGAAGACUACGACACCCUAUUGGGUUUCAACAUGGAAAGCUACAGAUCGUCAAAAACCUUAUGGAAAUCUUGCGUGGAACACCAUACGUUCUUCAGGUUGCACUCGCCUAAGAUCAAACGGAAAUUCUUAUCUUUAGGCUCGAAAUUCACUUAUUCGGGACGCACCGAGUUCCAAACGGUUUCCGAAGUUAAACGUAAGGGCAUUUUGGAGAGGCGGUUUGUUAGGUCUCCUAGUAGACAAUUGGUAAAAGAUAAAGUUCAAACAGCACCACCAUUGGAAGACAAGGGAAAAGUGCAACUGGCUCCCCCAAGACCCUCCUAUAAAGUUACCACAACUUGUAUCAAAGAACCAAAACCGGCAUGGACUGAAGACAGUAGGAUAUCAGACGAUGACGGAGGUUUUUUGGAACGCACCCUAGAAGGGCCUUUUUCGCCCGGUAUAGCGGGCAGGGUGAUGAGUUACGCGGACGAAGAAAUUUCUUCUCCGAUGUCCAAUGGGGUCUAUGAUACUCCGCCUUACAGUGUGAGUCAGUCGCCCACUUCUCAGAUUGCCCCAGAAGAUAGUUUUAGUACCAUCGUUCUGUUCCCAGAUAAAGAUGGGAAGUACGGGUUUAAUGUUACAGGCGGUACAGAAAUUAGCGUUCCCAUAGUGGUAUCCAAAGUAGCUCCGAAUACCCCCGCGGAUAAAUGCACCCCGAAACUAUCAGAGGGCGAUCAAAUAUUGAGCAUAAACGGACAUGAUGUCACGCAAGUGCUUCACUCUUACGUGGUUGGUUUGGUAAAUUCCGCGAGGGCUUCGGAAACUGGGAAACUUGUCCUUACCACUCGACCAAAUGUCGGAUAUCAAGACGAGGAGUACGAAGAGCCACCGUAUCAAUAUGUACCGGCCAAUGACGUUGGAUUACCUUCAGUAGGAAAUUUAUUAGAACAAAGCAUGUAUUUAUUGGCGGACGGAUUGGCCAGUGGGGCUCUUAUCGCGCGCUACGAAACCCUUUAUAGGAAACAUCCGGAUCUCACUUGUAACGAAGCCAGUAAACCCGCAAAUGUAAAUAAGAACCGAUACAGGGAUAUUUCGCCAUAUGAUCAAACCAGGGUUAUUUUACGGGACGCACCAAGCGGGGAUUACAUAAAUGCCAAUUAUGUCAAUAUGAAGAUACCUGGGACAGAAAUUGUAAAUAAAUAUAUUGCUACGCAGGGGCCUCUCCAAACGACCACCGAGGACUUUUGGCAAAUGAUCCUGGAACAGGACGUGAACCUAAUUGUGAUGCUCACGACUGUGAUAGAGCGUGGCAGGGCCAAAUGUCACAAGUACUGGCCAGAGGGCGACGAAGUUCUCACCCUGGACAAUGUUAUCGUCAAAUGUACCAGCGAGGAAACCGAUACGGCGGGCAGUUUUUUCUUUAGGGAUUUCGUUUUGAUCGACGUCAAAAACGAUAACACCUCACGUGAAAUCAAACAUAUGCAGUACGUGGCGUGGCCGGACCACGGAGUACCCGAUUCGCCCCAACAGUUUCUAAAAUUCACACAAGAUGUCCGAAAAUACCGUCAUAAGGACAAACCGGUGAUCGUUCAUUGCAGCGCCGGUAUCGGUAGAACCGGAGUCCUGGUGCUUAUGGAGACCGCGCUUUGUUUAAUGGAAGCCGAAGAACCGAUUUACCCGUUAGAAAUUGUCAAAACUAUGAGGGAACAACGUGCUAUGAUGAUCCAAAAUGCUAGUCAAUAUAGAUUCGUGUGUGAAAGUGUUUAUGAAGCAUAUACAGAGAAAGUCGCCGAAUCGGAAGAAACUGAAAAGGGAGAAGAGGUAGAACAAGAAACAAAAUGAAUAGCUUUAUUGUAUUGUAAGUUUUUAAUUAUUUUUUUUAAUGAUUUUCCUAGCGACUAAUAAAGAAAUAAUAUCUAUAAAAUGUUCAGCAGAGACGUGUGCAAGUGUGAAAUAACUAAAGUUUAUAUUAUAUAAAUGUUGACAAGGAUUCUUCCAUUUAGGCUCAAAAAAAUAAUAAUCCGUCUUAAAGUAUACGGAAAACUGUAUAAAUAUGUCCAAAGAAGUCUUAAAAUUAAGUCUUUCGUGUCCUAAGUUACUGUUUGUUUAAAUUGUAUCAGUAUUUAUAUUAAUUAGAGUGCCAAUAGUUGAUUUUAAUUAAAAAAAAAAGUAACGUUCUUAUAUAUUUCAGGCACCCCAGUUUUAUUCGAUAAUCUUAGAUUUAGUUUUAUCCUCGUAUGAUUUUAUUUUUUGUCUUUCUAAUUACAAAAAAAAUAUUUUUAAAACAAAUUAAUUUGUUGCUGUGAAGUGCGCUAGUUCGACAAAAAAAAAGAGGCACAAACGUGUGCAAUAACUGUUUAUAAUUUAUAUCAUAAUAAUUAUAUCUAUAUAUUAUAUAUUUUGUACUUUUUAUAAGACACCAUAGGAAUGUUGUAAUUUAAAAAGUGGAGACAGUGACAAAUAGAAAUUUAUGUACUGAA